GCAGGGCUGCCAGAGUGAGCUAAAAAUUGUUGCGUAUGCGUGUGCGAAGCAUAUGCAUAGCAUAUUUUAUUGUUUAAAACAAUCUAUUUGUGCAAAAAGUUGUGCAAAAACAUAUGUAGAACUUAUGUCUGAUACAAGUGCUCUGGAAUUAUGUAUCAGUUGUAGUGCGAGCUGCAGUAGCAGGCGCAAAAGAAGAAAGUGAAGCGCUACAACAACAACAACAGCAGCAGCAGCAGCAACAACAAAAAACAGCAGCAACAAAUUUUGUAAAAGCGAAAAAGAAAAUUAGACAUACAUAUAUUUGUACACAAUCAAACGCACACGCAACGUGCUCGCAACAGCCCAAUAAAAAAUUCAAGGAAGAAAAUAAAGCGAUUGCAAUGUCCAAUGGAGACGAUGUGCUAGACAACUGGGAAGAAAUUGACGAGGCAGGCCUUUGCAUGACGCUGCAAACGAAAUUGCAAACCGCCAACGACGACGCCAGUAGCAAAUUUAAGCCCGCCUCAACAACUGAGACAGCAGCCUCUAGCAAAAUGAAAUUACUUCAACGGCCACAGGGUCUGCAGGAGAGCAGUGGCUCGACUUCCACAGUCGUUGCGGUGGCGCCCAAACAAAUCAUGAUUGCCAAGAAGCCAACGUCAGCGAGCUCAUUGGAUGACGAAUCGAGCACGCCUCCCGUUAUGAUGGUGCUGCACAAGUCGAACAGCGAGUAUGAUGCUGCCAACUAUGCCACGCCUAUUAGUAAUCAAACGGUCAAAAUAUUGCGACGACCCGCACAGGCCGAAGAGCGUCGCGAUACUAAUGGCAUACGACCCAAGCAGCCCAUCAAAACGCUGCAACAGCGUGAACAGGAAUACGCACAGGCCCGUCUCCGAAUACUCGGAAGCGCCAAAAAUCCAGAGGACGAUAAACCUGCUGCGGCCGCAACGCUGGUGGUGCUAUCAACCCAAGUGCAGCCGGAGGUGACGACAACGCCGGCAUUCAACUUCAAUAACAAUAAUAACAACAGUGGCAUUCAGUCAGUUAGUAAUGCGCCUGGCAUGCAUCGUUCCACGUCGGCGCCAAAGAUGUCGCAAACACCGCCCAUCUACAACAAUUACAACAAUUACUAUCAGCCGCCGCCAAACACAACUGCCAUGGGCUAUUUCUAUCAGCAGACACCGUCGAUGCAUCAGCCACACCAACAGCAGCAGCAUCAGCAUCAGCAAACGUCGCCACAAUCGCUGGCGCACUACAAUCAACGCUUGUCGCAAUACAUGACAGGCGCCACUGUGACAGCAGCAGCAGCUGCAACCGCCAAUCCUCAACAGAGUUGGUCACCGGUUGUGGGUGGCAGCGUUUCGGCGGCGCUGUUGCGCCAACAAUCGUUGCAUACACCAUCGUUGCAACAGCAUCAGGCACAGCCACCGCCGCCCCAAUAUGCGCAUCCAUACAAUGAUAACGUUUUGCGGCUGCCACGUGGUCCGUGCCCCAACGGCACAAUUGGUUUUCAGAUGCGUCGGUAACAGGCGGCUGGAUGGAUGCGACAGAAUUAUCUAUUAUUUCAAUUAUCCCAUGCCAAUUGAACGCAUGCAUUCAAAAUUGUCAUUUCUGAGAUUGCAUUAAGUAAUUUGUUUUGCUUUAUAUAUUUAUUCAUUUUUACAUGUGGCACAUUUAAGCGCUGCAAUCAACCAACUAUGUAAACAAAUUUAUGACGGAGUUUGGUAGUUAUCUUGUAAAUUUACAAACAAAAACAUCAACAACAAAAAAGAAAAUUACA